AUGGACUGGGGGCUUAAGAAAAAAGAUUCGGCUCCAGCCCUUACCUUUACCGGCUCUAAUAAUCGCGCUGUUCAAGCACCAAAAUAUACAUCAGAGCUUCCCAGGGAAAAAGCAAUUCUCACAACAGCACCUAACGUUCCUCCGCCGAUUGUGCGAGAUUACCCCGUCCUACUAGAAGUUGACUUGACGACGACUACAAAAUUAGCACAACUUACCAAUUUGUACAAAUAUGAACAAUGGACGUUCAAUGAUACAGUGCCAGAUGAGGCUGGAAAUCCGCACAACAUCGAUUGCCACGCUUUUACCGGUACUGGAGGAGGUUCAGUGUUGACAACAGUCCGAAAGGAUGAGACAAAGACAGCACAAUUUAAGCUCCUUCACCCAGGUUUGUAUAUGUACCAUUGUGCUGCAAACCCAGUGCCUGUUCAUAUUGCAAAUGGGAUGUAUGGGAUGAUAUACGUGCAACCGGAGAAGGGAGAUCUUCCACCCGUGGACAAGGAGUACUUCGUAUUACAAAGCGAGUUUUAUCAUGAGCCGCCGGAUGUGGAAGAGGAUGGACGACGGUCCUCUACCGUGGAAUUUUCAUAUCCACUAGCACUGCGCGAAGAGCCAAACGUCAUUGUGUUUAAUGGCAGCGAGUCAGCUCUCUCACUGGAUAAACCUCUGCAAGCGCGGACGAACGAUAACGUGCGAAUUUUCUUUGGAAAUGCGGGUCCGAAUUUAAGUAGCUCGUUCCACGUUAUUGGCAGCAAUUUUGAAAAAUUGUAUGAUAAGGCUGACGUUCUCAGUCCACCGGGUCAAAGUAUACAGACUGUUUCGGUUCCUCCCGGGUCUGCAACCAUUGUCGACAUGAAUAUGGUGGCCCCAGGAACAUAUACUAUCGUGGAUCACGCCAUUUUUCGGAUGGAAAAGGGUGCAGUUGGGUACCUAAAUGUAUCUGGAGAUCCGAGGCCCGACAUUUGCGGGAGUAAGGAUCCCCAAGAACCUUGCGUGGGAUGCAAACUACAUGCGUGA